AUGCCGUUCUCCGACCUGGAGAUCUUCGCCGCAAUCCUGGCGGCCGCCGCCCACGACCUAGGCCACGAUGGAAAGUCGAGCCGCUACCACACCACCACCGAGUCCCCUUUAGCGCUGCUCUACAACGACAGCAGCGUGCUGGAAAUGAUGCACUGCUCCAUCUUCUUCGCGGUGCUGCGGUCCCAGGGUAGCAACAUUCUCAAUGACUUGGAGCACGCUGACCGUCAAGCCUUCCGCCAGCAGGCGAUCAGGAUGAUCCUGGACACCGAUCUGGCCAAGCACUUUGAUCAGGUCAAGAAGUUCCGGGAGAGCCACGUGGACGUGGAGGUCUACUCCCCGGAAGAGCGCACUGUGGAGCAGCGCACGGACGUGCUUAGCUUUAUGCUGAAGCUCAGCGACAUAGGCGGCAGCGCGAAGCCUUUUGCCCUGCACGCGCAGUGGGCCACACGCAUCAACGCGGAGCUUCUCGGGCUGAAUGGAACGACCGUUGACAAGGCAAUCAUACAGGCCGGGUCUUAA